GGUCCUGGACGUGUACGACAGCAGCAGCAGCAGCAGCAGCAGCAGGGAUGGCAGGAGGUGGUGCACGCACUUAUAACUUACCAGUAACUCGCUCUCCACCAUCACGUGAGGUGCAGCUGUUACUCCGUGUCAGCCAUCAUCACCAGGUUGCUGCUGCUGCUUCACCCUGGACCAUCACACGUAAGGUACGGCUGUUGCACCUCACUUCACUCACCACCACCACGUGAAGUGCUGCUGCUGCUGCUCCUCCUCCUGUAAAGUGUUAACAGUUUACUGCAGCUGCUGCUGAGGACACAAGUCAUUAUGGAUGAGGUACAGGGUGUGUGCACCACCCAGUUCACAUAUUCUGUGACAAACACAGUUCACCAAGCUAUAGAGGAUAAUGUAAUGAUUCAAACCUAUAUUGGACAUCAGGAUUACUACCAGUGCAUAUUGUGCAAUCGGUCUAUGUCUGGUAUUGUUCCUGCACAGAGCCACCUUGAAGGAUCUCAACACAGAAAAGCUAUACGAAACUAUAUGUACAGCUCUGUUCUCAGUGCCUCCAAAGGGUCAAAUUUGGUUUCUGAUAGUGUAGGGAACCUCGACGAUUCACUUCCACCUGAUUACCAGUCACCAGCCCCAGUGCAGUCAUUGACAGCUUUAUCACAAUUUGAAACUGACCUUCUAGAAGAAGCCAUGAAACGUGGUAUAGUAACCCUAGAGAUGACAGAUGGGCAGUCUUCAUUGUUUUGCAAGUUGUGCAACAUUAGUUGCACUGGUGAGGCUAGCAUGAAUCAACAUCUUGAAGGAGAACCUCACUGUAAAAAACAGAGGAGGAUGGGCUUAGAAGGCAAAGUCUCUUCACUGUCCAAACCAGAUGAGAUGACAGCCUUAUCUCAAAGAAGUCUCUCUCCAACAUUGCAGUCAUCAGCAGAUACUGGAGACAUACUUAAGAGUGCUGUAGAAGAUGGCAUUGUAAAGUACAUAGGAGGAAUAAGCACACCUUACACUUGCACAGUUUGUAAUACAUUCUUAAAUGGAGAAACACCAAUGAAGCAGCAUCUCUUAGGUAACAGUCAUCAGAAGAAAAUAAGGAUCAGUCAGCAAAUGGGAUUGAAUACAGCAUCCUCCUCAUGUAGUACCCCUCCAUCAUUGAAGUCUACAUAUUCUGCAAUAGGGGCAGAGAGUCCCAGUACAUUUGAUAAUGCUAAUCCAUCCACAGGCCUGGUAGAAUCUGCAUUAAUUGAUGGUACAGUGAGAAGGUCACUUGAGGGAAACACUUGUGUUUUCACCUGCACUUAUUGUAACAUUCCAUGCACUGGGGAAACUCCUAUCAAGCAACACCUUCAAAGUAGUAAUCAUCAGAAAAAAAUGAGGUUGAAUCAGCAAAGGGGACUAAAUACACCAUCUGUUCCAAGCUGUACCCCUUCAUCAUUGCAGUCUAUGGUUUUUGAUGAUGCUACACCAUCCUCAACUAUGUUACAAUCAGCUUUAAAGGAUGGCAUUGUAAUGUCUUCAGUGGAGGGAAAUGUGUGUGUUUUGACUUGUACAUGUUGUAAUGUGCCCUGCUCUGGAGAAACGCCUAUGAAGCAGCACCUUCAAAGUAGUAGCCAUCAGAAAAAAAUGAGAGGAAGAAUGUGCUCAGUAUCUCCAGUUACAUCCAGUGGGACAACAUCUCCACCU